AUGGGCCCCGAGCUCAGGGGCCAGUCACCGCCUCCGCCUACGUCAGCAACGGUCUUUGAUGCCGGGGAGAUGUUCGGGAUCAUGCAAGUGGAGGAGGUGGAGGAGGAGAGUGAGGGCGAGGCAGCCCGGGAAGCCAGGAAGAAGCCCAACCCCGGCAGCGAGCUCUGCUACAAGGUCAUCGUGACCAGCGAGAACGGGCUCCAGGCGGCCAACCCCAACAGCAUCUUCCUCAUCGACCACGCUUGGACGUGCCGCGUGGAGCACGCGCGUCAGCAGCUGCAGCAGGUGCCCGGGCUCCUGCACCGCAUGGCCAACCUGAUGGGCGUCGAGUUCCACGGCGAGCUGCCCAGCGCGGAGGCUGUGGACCUGGUGCUGGAGGAGAUGUGGCGGUUCAACCAGACCUACCAACUGUCCCACGGGACGGCCGAGGAGAAGGUGCCCGUGUGGUACAUCAUGGACGAGUUCGGUUCGCGCAUCCAGCACUCGGACACGCCCAGCUUUGCCACCGCGCCCUUCUUCUACAUGCCCCAGCAGGUGGCCUACACGCUGCUGUGGCCCCUGAGGGACCUGGACACGGGCGAGGAGGUGACCCGAGACUUUGCCUACGGAGAGGCGGACCCUCUGAUCCGCAGGUGCAGGCUGCUGCCCUGGGUCCCCGCCGACAUGCUGGACGUCAGCUCCUCCACGCCCGAGCCGCCGGACCAGCACUACCAGGCCAUUUUGGAGGAAAACAAGGAGAAGCUGCCACUCGCCAUCAGUCCGGUGGCGUAUCCCCGUGACCACGUCUUCAGGGUCUACACGGACGUCCAGCAGGUGCUCAGCCACCUCACCCACCCACGCUUCACCUUUACCCAGAGCGAGGCGGACGCGGACAUUCUCUACAACUUUUCCCACUUCAAGGACUACAGGAGGCUCAGCCAGGAGAGGCCCAACGUGCUGCUGAACCAGUUCCCCUGCGAGAACCUGCUGACCGUGAAGGAUUGCCUGGCCUCCAUCGCGCGCCGGGCAGGGGGCCCCGAGGGCCCAGCCUGGCUGCCCCGUACCUUCAACCUGCGCACCGAGCUGCCCCAGUUCGUCAGCUACUUCCAGCAGCGGGAGAGGCGGGGCCAGGACAACCACUGGAUCUGCAAGCCCUGGAACCUGGCCCGCAGCCUCGACACCCACAUCACCAGGAGCCUCCACAGCGUCAUCCGGCACCGCGAGAGCACCCCCAAGGUCGUGUCCAAAUACAUUGAAAGUCCAGUCUUAUUCCUGCGAGAAGACGUGGGGAAGGUCAAGUUUGACGUCCGCUACGUCGUGCUGCUGCGCUCGGUGAAGCCCCUGACGCUGUUCGUGUACGACGUGUUCUGGCUGCGGUUCUCCAACCGGCCCUUCGCGCUCGAUGACCUGGACGACUACGAGAAACAUUUCACUGUCAUGAACUACGACCCGGAGGUGGUGCUAAAGCAGGUGCACUAUGAUGAGUUCAUCCCUGAGUUUGAGAAGCAAUACCCAGAAUUCCCCUGGAAGAGCGUCCAGGGUGAGAUCUUCCAGGCCUUCACGGAGCUGUUCCAAGCGGCAUGUGCCAAGCCACCGCCCCUGGGCCUCUGCGACUAUGCCUCAUCCCGGGCUGUGUAUGCCAUCGACCUCAUGCUCAAGUGGGAUGACCGUCCAGAUGGGAGGCGGGUGAUGCAGCCACAGAUCCUGGAGGUGAACUUCAACCCGGACUGCGAGCGAGCCUGCAGGUACCACCCGACCUUCUUCAACGACGUCUUCAGCACCCUGUACCUGGACGAGCCCAGCAACUGCCACGUCAGCCGCCUGGUCUAGGUGCCCGCGGGUCCUGCUGAGGCUGGGUCCUCCAGCCUCAGCUCCCCGGGCCACUUCUGCAGAGUCCUCCUCCCCGUCCUCCCUCGGACAAGCCUCGCCUUCGAGCUUUGGCCCCAGCACCGCCUCUGGGGGCUCAGGGUCCUCCUCUGCCUCCUGACUCAGGAGCAGGGCCGGUCACUGU